UGAAAGCAGCUGAUUUAACACUUGGAGGAUUUUGCUUGCCAUUUGGGCAUUUUUUGCGAAUUUUUGUUAAAUUUUCACAGAAUUAAAAUCUCUUAAAAAUAUCGUGAUAAUUCCCUACAUUUGUGUUAUAUAAUGUGUGGAAAAAUAUAUUAUCUUUUGGGAGAAAACGAAAACUUUUGAGGUUAGAAACCUACGAUCCUCCAAGUGUUAAUGCGAGUUGUUUAUUUUUUGCGCCAUCGAUAAAAAAAAUCCGUAAAAAUUUUGCCCUUUUUGAGAAAAUUCGCCUGCGUGACAAUGAGCGUGGAAGAUGCUGAGCAAGUGGAGAUGCUGGAUCAGUUGGCGUACAACUGCAAUCGUCUCCGGCAUGAGCUGAAGGCAGCCAGUACGGCGGAGGAGGAGGAGGAAAUUCUCAAGGUCUACCUCCGGAAGGCCGAUGAGACUCACCAGCCCGUUGGGGAUUUCAAGGAGGAUCUGGAUUGGUUCAAUGUGGAGGAUCCCCUGACGCUGGGUGAGUCUCUACGUGGGAAGAUUGUUGUGUUGGACUUUUUCACGUAUUGCUGCAUCAAUUGCAUGCACAUCCUGCCGGAUUUGAAGAAGCUCGAGGAGAUGUUCACGGUGGAGGAUGGGCUGGUGGUGAUUGGGGUCCACAGUGCAAAGUUUGACAAUGAAAAGGACUCCGCAAACAUCCUGUCAGCCGUUCAGCGGUACAACAUCACCCAUCCCGUGGUGAAUGACGUCAACUCGGCCAUGUGGAAUGAGCUGAAUGUUCAAUGUUGGCCAACACUGCUCGUUCUGGGGCCCCGUGGGAAUCCCCUGUUUGUCCUAAUGGGUGAAGGACACUUCCCCAUCCUUGUGAAGUACAUUCGUUCAGCAUUGGAAUUCUAUCGCAAUCAGGGAGCCAUUGGGGCGGGCAGUUUGCCCAUAAAACCCUCCACGGAUCUCCUGAUGAAGUCCAAUUUGAAGUUUCCGGGGAAGAUUGCCUGCUCAAAGGGGAGUGAGGCUGAGGAUGGGGCUGAAUUGUAUGCCAUUGCGGAUUCCGGGAAUCACAGGGUGGUGCUGAUUAAUGCUCAGGGGGAAGUGCUGCAGAAGAUUGGUGGGAAGAGUGCGGGUUUUGCGGAUGGGAACUUCAAGACGUGUCGCUUUGACUCCCCGCAGGGGCUGGUUUUCCUCGACAGUAACACCAUCUUCGUGGCAGAUACGGAAAAUCACGCCAUCCGGAAGAUUUGUCUCCGGACACGCACGGUGGAGACCAUCGUGGGCACGGGGAAGCAGGGAAAUGAUCGUGUUGGUGGGAAAAUCGGUGUGGAGCAGGAAAUCUCCUCGCCGUGGGAUGUUGCGGUGUUCCGGACAAAGGAUAUGGACAUGUCCUUCCACAUGGAUGAGAGCACAAUCCCCGAGAAGACCCUCCUGCUGAUUGCCAUGGCGGGAACACAUCAAAUCUGGGCAUACUUCAUUGAUGACCUCAUCUGGUGGAAGUUCCGGAAAUGCACGCAGGGCACGUGCGCUAUGAUUGCAGGGAAUGGGAAUGAGGAGAAUAGGAACAAUGCCUAUCCCACAAAUGCUUCCUUUGCCCAACCAUCCGGGAUUGCCAUUGCCAGGGACACAAAGGAGCUCUUCAUUGCCGACAGUGAGAGUUCGUGUGUCCGGAAGCUCUCUCUGAGCGAUGGGAAGGUGUCCGGGGUUGUUGGCGGGGAGAGAAAUCCCCAAAAUCUCUUUGCUUUCGGCGAUGUUGAUGGGAAGAGUGUGCUGGCGAAGUUGCAGCACCCCCUGGGGGUGACCUACAAUGGGCGCGAUAAGCUGAUCUACGUGGCAGACACGUACAAUCACAAAAUCAAACGAAUUGACUCCCUGACCCAAUCAGUGACCACGCUGGACGUCAAAGGGCAUGCAUUCAAUGAACCUGGUGGUUUGUGCGUGAAUCCCAGUGGGACGCACCUCUAUGUGGCCGAUACGAACAAUCAUACCAUUGAGAUUGUCUCUCUGGCCACGCUGGAAGCGAGAACUCUCAGCAUUUCCUUCAGCUCCUCCGGGAAUGAUGCUCUCCGUCAUCCCGGCACUCCGCUGCAAUUCGGGCGGUUAGUGCUGAAGCCUCAAGGGGGGAAGAUUCGCCUGUCAAUCACCCUGAACCUUGAGCAGGAGUUGGGAUUCACGGAGGAAGCACCGCAAAAGUGGAAUGUGUACCUGCCGAAUGAUUCGUGGUACGUUAGUCAGCAGAAUGGAACCCUCCGGAAGGGGCAUUCAGUGGAUAUUGACAUUACCGUGCCCGAGGCGAGUUUUCGCCUCCAAGUGGACAGUUUCAGUGUCCACUUUAAGCUGGCUCUGUGCUCCUCACGCGGCGUGUGCUUCCCACGUUCAUUCUCAGUGGCAUUUCCCGUCUGCUACGAAAAAGACGGCCUGGAUUGCAUCAUUGAGGAUGUCCACGUGAAGAUUGAUGAGAACCUCGUGAAGCUCUAGCAGUUUCUCCAGCAUCAUCUUUUGUAUCAAAGCAAUGAUUUUGCAAUGAAUAAAAUCAUCAAUCCCA